GGCCAUUCAGUAGAUUCAAAUACCUUUGGACCUGUGUCUCUUGGUUUGGUUACUGCUAAAGCAACACAUAUUGUGUGGCCGCCAAGACGCUGGCAAUCUGUGGAGUGUAAAAUCCCAGAAGAUAGAUAUCCACUUGAAUUUCAUUGAGAAGAAAGACUCCCGGUGAACUUGUGAUCUUUUCUGUAAUUUCUCCGUCUUUCUCUUAUUUUCAAUUUUCAAAAGAGGUAAUUCUACGUUCCUGCUCAAUGAAACUGAAUAAAUCUAAUCUCUAAUCUAAUCUAAACUGGUCUACUGUGCCUGUUUCAUCUUGAACUCUUCUCAAGAUCUCUGCCACAAACUGUGCUAACGCAUUCUCAACCAUCCAAGUGGAAGGUGUUGCCAGAGGAAACAGUGUUUCUGCAAUGAGAGCUGUUGUACAGCGAGUGAAAGGAGCAAGUGUCAAAGUGGAUGGUGAGCUUAUCAGUUCUGUAGGCCCAGGCCUUUGCGUGCUAGUCGGAAUCCAUAAAUCGGACACUAAGAAAGAUAUCGAUUGGCUGGUGAAUAAACUGCUGACUCUGAAAUUGUUCGGAGAUGAAGGUGGAAAGAGAUGGUCGAAAAACGUGGUUGACUCUGGCCAUGAAAUACUGUGUGUGAGUCAAUUCACCUUGUAUUAUUCUCUCAAAGGAACAAAAUUAGACUUUCAUAAUGCUAUGCCUGCCACUCAAUCCCAGCCUUUUUACGAAGAUUUUCUAUCUUCAUUAAGGACAGCAUAUUUACCAGAUCGAAUCAAAGAUGGCAAGUUCGGUGCAAUGAUGGAUGUUAGCCUAAUUAAUGAUGGUCCCGUCACGAUACAAUUGGAUUCUCCAACUCAGCCAACAGCUACCUCUGGGGAUAUCAGUUAAAAUGAAAAGUCCCUAUUCUAUGAAUACUGGUAGUAUAGGUAAAAAUUAUGUGAUAACUAAUUUAAAGGAAGACUUCCCAAUUUUUGAAGACAAGCUGUAAGUGUAUGCUUCAAUAUUUUGGUUAUCCCUCUUAUUUUUUGUUAAUUAAAAUCUUUGUCGUGAAGCAAAA